GCAGUUGCAGUUCUCGACGAGAUGGCCAUGGUCCAUGGUCCGUGGUCCAGGUUUAGAUCGCUCGUUGCCCAUGACGUUCUCCUAUUAUCACGUCUCUCCAUUAAAAGGCUCCCUCGUAACCCUGAGCGCCUGAGUGGAUAUAAAAGACGAAGAGACCGACGCACCGAACCGCUAUCGACGCAUCGACGUACUGAACCGCUAAGACCAAAGCAAUCUAAAAAGUAGCAUACGGAUCAGCUAGCGUCUCCUCCUUACCAUCCCAAUCUCUAUCCAAAUAUCCAAACCAUACCCCACACCACGAUACCUAUACCUACAACUCUAUAACUAUAACCAUGGGCCUCGAAACGAUCAUCAACAAGCACCUCAAGUACACUUACGAUAACGGGUGGAGGUACGAGUUCUGGUUAAAGUCCGAGAAGAGGAUCGUCUACGAGAUCCACGGUGGACCUAUGGCAGGGAGGUAUAACUACCAGACCAGUUGGGUACAGGAGAUCCGGGCGGACGAGAUCUACCAGAUCUCCUGGGUCGAAGAGACAGGUACCGUCGUCUCCAUCAACGUCGACCUACCGAACAAGCGGAUCUUUACGUUCAUGACCUUUUCUCAGGGCCACUGGGAAAAAGCCGAAGAAGCCCACGGCGACAAACGCAACCCCUCCGACUUUGACCGCUGGAGAGGACUCGCCAAGAUCGGCGGGCCCAAGGAGAGGCAUACGAUCAUGGAACAAGCUACCCUUGAGGUGAUCGAGGAUGGGAGGCCGGAUUAUAUGGGGGAUAUUGAGGAUGAUGCCGAGACCUUGUAGAGUGAGGUGAUGUAAGUUUAGUUUGUUGGGUCUUCGGUAGGGUGGAUGAAAUGGUGUUGUAUCAGUGAGAUGGCGGUAGUCAGAGAUCGUCAUAGAAUAAGAAUAUAAUCACCUGCUGACCAGAGCGAGACGGACGGCUAUUGCGACAGCCCUGGG